UUUGUAAUGGAUUCUGAGUUAAAGUAUGCUAUCUUUGCAAAGUAUGGUACUUCAAUUCUUAACAGUCAGGGUGCUAGCUUCUCUUUUAACUUUAAUUUUGCAAAAAGAGACGUUCAAUUAUUAAAUAAAAUAGAAUUUUAUGACUCUGAAGAAAGUGAAGACUUUUCUGAUUAUAAUUCUGAUGCAAGUUGGGAAUCUUUUGAUAAACAAGCAUUUAAUGAGUUACCUAAACUAGAAUCAUUUAUAUUUAACCAAGAAGAAUAUAUUAAAGCACAAGCAGAGCUUGAACAAGAAAUUAUAGUUAGUGACGAAAAUGAUAUUUUACCUUCACUAAUACCAACAGGAAUUUCACCUCCAUCAAUAUCAACAAAAACUCCACCUCCAAUACCUAUUGAGAAACAAAGCAAACCAAUUU